AUGAACCAACCGAAACGGCCCAGCAAGAUGCACCAGCAAAGGAAGGGCGCGGCGCCCCCAGGCCAAGGAGGGGGCGGCCCCACAUCGCUCGAGCCCUCGCUCGAUGACGCGUGGGCCCGCCUCCUCCAACUCCAACGGCCCCCAUCGCGCCUCCUCCCGCCCGCCGCGGUACGAGGCAGGCUGACAGGUGGGGGCCGCCACGCCGCCGGGUUUCCAGCAUCUCUGCUCGCCAAGCUUACCUCAUCCCCGCAGGUUAUCCAUGGCCGCCGUUCUCCGCGGUGCUCGCGCUGGCCGUGGCGGCCCUGGCCGCGCUCAGGGGAGGCAGAGGGGCGCCGCCGUGCAGCAGGCCCCGGCCCAGGCAGCAGCCCCCGUCCUCAACCCCAACCCCAACCCCAACAGGUAGAUCAGCAUUUAGCACUUUUUUGGACAACGGUGAUGGAGAACCUGAAAGAUCAGGAUCGGGAAGGCAUCAAAUUUUAUGAAUUCCUUCAAAAGUCCGCGUUAGUUGAUCCCAUGGAGUUGAUGAAGUUCGGUAUUUCGGAUGGUCUCGCUGCCCAGCGACCAGAGGAGGUUAUCAAGCUCAGAAGCGUGACUGAUGUGUUCAAUAACAUGAUGCCAAUCAGGCAAAGGUACCUGUAUAAAUACAUACAUGGUGAGCGGGGUAGUGGAGAGAUUACUAAGAUGGAGAAACGUUUGAGGAAGGGAGUAGAACUAUCUGAUCAGAAAAUACAGGAUAUCAGGGAUGGGAACGCAUUCUGCCCUCAACGGCCCAAGCUCUUCGACAACUACCCGAGGCCCCUUAAGAACUAAUAAAUGUGUCCUGCAAGACUGUAAAAACCAUGGCGUCUUCCAGGAGUCCGCAAUUGCCCUUGCCUGCGAGUUGAAACUGUCUACAGAAGGACCCAAGAUUCAGCAAUUGCCCUUGCCUGUGACUUGAAACUGUCUACACAAGGACACGAAAGAUUCUGGAUCAUUACACUUGAAUGUGCUUAUUGCUUUGCGUGCAAAACUUCUUGAUAGAUGAUAGUCUUAUUGUAAAACUUUGGCUAGUAUAGCGUCAGCAUGGCGUCAGUAUUCAGCAAAUAUGGCGUCAGUAUAGCCAGUGAAUUUUGCAUGGAAAUAACAGUGUAGUCCAUAUAGAUGCACAGUGCAAAUAGAAAUGUGUGAUAUGUCUGUGGCUUGGAUUUUGGUCGCAUCGGCAAAAAUAUAAAAGUUUUGAGAUCGUGCUGCUACA